AUGUUCUUCAAAAGGUUGGCGAGACAAGAUUUUCCUUUGCAGAAGCCAUUCUGUCUCUCUUCAGUCAAGCGUGUUCUGACGGCUCGUGACCGCAGAAGCUCCCUUCUGCAGGAAGCAGCUCGCCUUCCCCGCUUAGGACCCAGCAGGCGCUGGCGAAGACGUCUUGGCUCAGCCGCAGCAGAUCCGGGCUGGGAAGGUGGAGCUGCAGUUCUUAAAAAAGACCAGCCUUGUUUACUGCAAGUGAGCGACCGAGCGAGCAGCCGGGGCUGCGGCGCUGCGCUGGCCAUGGAGCCCGGCCGGGCCCAGGCGCUGCUCUUGAGCUGUUGGGCGCUGCUCGCCUUGGCCUCCGCCGCCGAAGAUGUAUCUACUGUAUUGCCUGCUGUUACUGCCAAAACUGCGGAUCCUGCAGAUGACCAUGUUUUUGAAUCUGCUAACAUCUUGCCAUCCCGGAGUGAGGCAGCUGCUGUUCAGCCGGUUGUUGGGAUCAGCCAGCGGGUAAAGAUGAGAACAAAUGAAAAAAAGGAUUUGGGCACCCUAGGCUACGUGUUGGGGCUUAUCAUGAUGGUGAUCAUCAUUGCCAUUGGAGCAGGGAUUAUUGUGGGCUACAUCUACAAAAGGGGGAAAGAUCUCAAGGAGCAGCACGAGCAGAAAGCUUAUGAGCGUGAAAUGCAGAGGAUCACGUUGCCGCUCUCAGCUUUCACCAACCAAGCCUGUGAGCUAGUGGAUGAGAACACAGUUGUGGUGCACACCACUCAGACGCCUGUGGAGGAAAUGCAAAAUGGCGAUGCACCCCUGAUGGGCCAGGCAGGCACUCCUGGAGCCUGAGGAAAGAGCGCUAGGAGAUAACCCUGCUUUGACCACCAAACGCCCCUCUCCUCUCAUCCUUGAUAAUGGGAGUUCAUUUUUUGUUUUUGGUAAGGGAGGGAUAAGAUGCCCAAACAGACAAGAUUUGUGAAGGGUGUCAGAACUGGCUCGUGCCAGUUGGUACGCAGCAGACCCCUGAACUGUUGAAAGACUGGCGGAGCUGUGGCCUGUGGCAGCUCUGCCCUCCUGUGUCUUUCUAGAGUGCUACAAGAGCAGUAGCGCUAUAGUUCCUGCUGUGGAGUACAGUGACUGCUACCGAAGAGGCCACUGCCCUCCCCCUUGUUCUCCUUUCAUUGUGGAUGGUGUUCACAAUUCUUGGUACCUAUAAGCUCUUUUAACCGGGGGGCAGAGGCUUUGAGCAGUUUUUUUCCUUUUAAAAAAUGGUGUUUGAUGAAUGUAGAUUUUAUUUUUUUUAUUUUAUGUGCACAGUGAUGGCUGCCAAAGCAGCAGCAGCACCACAAUCCUGGCACAUGUCUCUGUUUAUUGGUUAAGGACUUUAUUUGGCAGUGAAAAGCCUAAUUUUUAAAAACCCAGGUUGUAAUGUGGAAAGCUUCCCAUAUACUGAAGAUUCGGCUGUAGGGGAAGAUGGCUUUCUUGGCACUGGGCCAGGGGAGGAAAACUCGCAACAAAGAUUUGCCACUGCCCAGAAAGCUGUUAAAAACAAUCCAAGUCUUCCACAGUCCAAUUCUUAAGAAGUAUGCCCCUUUUAUGUUCAUUCCUACAACUUCCUAGGACUCUACUAUAGUCUCUGUGAUCAGGCUGCAGCCUAAAGACAGGGAAAUACUCCUCCUCCUGAACUCAGCCAGUUAGGUUUAGUAGGAAUUGAUAACUUCAACCCCACAGGGAUUAUUUCUACACUCCUUUCCCCAAAGGGGGGACAAAAAGUGUUCAGGCUACCGCUAGAAUUAAACCCAACCAAAAAGACUUAGUGCCAGAUAAUGGCUGAGGGAUGCCUUGCUGCUUCAUGACUCUGCUCCCUCAGGUUGGAAUGAGUGGUUCGGGGCCUAUUCAUUUAGCAGCUGUAUUAGUAGAGUUGAAGCACUUAUGCGUUGACUUUUGGGCCAGAGGUGGAUGGAGACGAGAAGGCAAGAAGAUAAAACAUGUUGUGCUGUCCUUUGUAUAGGUGGGCAUAGCAGCAAAGGGCUGAUUCCAUUCAUGCAGAUCUUUUACCCUUUCUCCACUUAAGGGCCUCCAGCUGCCAAGAGCAAAGGUUUCUUGCAAAUUAUGUCCACGAGCAAGAACAAGAGAAACAUUUUUAAAUUUUUUAAAUGCCUUUGAAUACCAUUUCUUUGUAAGCAUCUUAAAAUACCUCAUGAUUAUGAAAUAAAACUAUUCAGGUUAUAAUUAA